AUGCGCUUCGGCAUUUCCAGCCUUGCCGUGACCGUCCUGGCGUCGGCCGGCCAAGCGCUGUCGCCGCAAGACAUCCCCGCCGACCUGCCCGUCUCUGCUCUCUUGUCGACGGCGCAGACGCAUCUGGCCAAGGGCGAGACGAGCGAGGCCCUCAUCUACUACGAUGCCGCCAUCGCCAAGGACCCGACCAACUACCUGACCCUCUUCAAACGGGCCACCACCUAUCUCUCCCUCGGCCGCCCGACCCUGGCCACCGAGGACUUCAACAAGGUGCUCACCCUCAAGCCCGGCUUCCAAGGCGCCCACCUGCAGCUGGCCAAGAUACGAUCGAGGGCCGCCGAGUGGCAGGCCGCCCGCGCCGAGUAUCUGGCCGCCAACAAGGAUGCCGAAUCGCCCGAGCUCCUGGAGUUGUCCGAGGCCGAGAACGCUGCCGUCAUCGCCGAUGCCGCCCACAAGGCCCAGAACUGGGAUGAGUGCGUCGGCCAAGCGGGCGUCGCCAUCCUCGUCGCCUCCAGGUCCUCAUCCCUCCGCCAGCUGCGGGCCGAGUGCCGUUUCGAGCGCAACGAGGUCGAGGAGGGCAUGGGCGACCUGCACCACGUCUUGCAGAUGCGACCGGGGGAUACGAGCCCGCACAUGCUCAUAUCCGCCACCUCCUUCUACUGCCUCGGGGAUUUCGACGCCGGCCUCGCCCAGGUCAGGAAGUGCCUGCACUCCGACCCCGACUCGAAAGUUUGCAAACGCCUGCACAAGUACGAGAAGGCCGUCCAGAAAAGCUUCGCCAAGGCGGAGGCGCAGUUGAAAAAGGGCCAGACGGCGACGGCGGGACAAACGUUGGUCGGCAACAGCGAGACGCCGGGCCUCCUCGCCACCGUCCAGGAUCAGAUUGCCGAGCUUCGGGCCGAAGGGAGGAUUCCGCCCAAGGCGAAGGCCAAGCUGUACGAUACCAUCGUGGAGAUGGUCUGCGAGGCGUAUUCCGAGUCAAAGCACAAGAACGUACAAAAGUACUGCGACGAGGCCAUCGAGCUCGACCCCGAUUCCUUCUGGGGUACUCUCUACAGGGCCAGGGCGCUGAUGGACAAGGAAGAGUACGAGCCGGCCAUCCAGAUGCUGGAGAAGGCUGCCAAUCUUCGGCCCGAUCUCCAGGACAAGGUCAACCCCAUCCUGAACAAGGCUCAGAUUGCCUUCAAGCGCAGCAAGACCAAGGAUUACUACAAGGUCAUCGGAGUGGCCCACGACGCCGAUGAGAGGCAGAUCAAAUCGGCAUACCGGAAAGCCUCCAAGCGCUUUCACCCCGACAAGGCGGCCAAGCAGGGCAUCACCAAGGAGGAUGCCGAGAAGAAGAUGGCUGCCAUCAACGAGGCCUACGAAGUCUUGAGCAAUCCCGAGCUGCGCGCGCGCUUCGACAGGGGGGAUGAUCCCAACUCCCAAGGCGGCGGGGAGCCCUUCCAAGGCAAUCCCUUUGGCGGCAGCCACAACUACAUGUUUCAUCAGCAGGGUCAGCAAGUCAAGUUCCAGUUCGGCGGCGGCGGCGGAGGUGCUCAUUUUGGCUUUUGA